AUGGACAAAGUGACCCCAUGUUCACCAGGUCCUUGUAGAAAUACAGGCACCUGUAGUAUAUCUGGAUCAACGUAUAAUUGUACAUGCAGACAAGGAUAUUAUGGAACGCAAUGCCAGUUGACCCCAUGUUCAUCAGGUCCUUGUACCAAUGCAGGCACCUGUAGUAUAUCUGGAUCAACGUACACUUGUACAUGCAGACAAGGAUAUUAUGGAACGCAAUGCCAGUUAACCCCAUGUUCAUCAGGUCCUUGUAGAAAUGCAGGCACCUGCAGUAUAUCUGGAUCAACUUAUAUUUGUACAUGCAGACAUGGAUAUUAUGGAACGCAAUUCCAGUUGACCCCAUGUUCAUCAAGUCCUUGUAGAAAUGCAGGCACCUGUAGUAUAUCUGGAUCAACGUAUUUUUGUACAUGCAGACAAGGAUAUUAUGGAACGCAGUGCCAGUAUCAGUUCUACUACACUAGUUGA